UGUUAUAUAUAGCCUGGAAAUUAGACUCCCAAAAAGCCUAACCUGUGAAAAGACUUGCCAAAUACACUCAUCUGACUGCCAUGGCCUCCGAUCUCUCUGUGAUCCUCCCUCGUGUUGUCAUUGUCUCUAGACGUACCGUUCGCAAAAACAAGUUCGUAGAUUUUGUGGGUGAAUAUCAUCUCGAUCUUAUAGUAGGCUAUGGUGCAGUACCGGUAAUUGUUCCCCGUGUUAAUGGGGUUCAUAUGCUAUUAGAUAGCUUUGAGCCAAUUCAUGGCGUUCUUCUUUGUGAAGGAGAGGACAUUGAUCCUUCUCUAUAUGAAGAGGCCUCAGGUCUUUCUCCAGAAGAAUUGGAAGAAAUCAGGAGGCUUCAUUCUAGUGAUACCUCUAUUGAUAGAGAAAAGGAUACGAUCGAGUUAAGGCUAGCAAAGCUUUGCCUAGAGAGGAACAUACCCUACUUGGGGAUCUGCAGGGGUUCGCAAGUACUAAAUGUUGCAUGUGGAGGUACUCUUUACCAAGAUCUAGAGAAAGAAAUAUCAAGGAAGUGCCCAGAAAGCCAGAGAGUCCAGCACAUUGAUUAUGACAAUUAUGAUGGGCAUAGGCAUGUGGUUAAGGUUGUGGAGAACACACCAUUGGAUCACUGGUUUGAGGAUUCUUUGGAAGAAGGGAAAAUGGAGAUUUUGGUGAAUAGUUAUCAUCAUCAAGGAGUUAAGAGAUUGGCUCAGCGGUUUGUUCCAAUGGCAUUUGCACCCGAUGGUCUAAUUGAAGGGUUUUAUGAUCCCGAUGCUUAUAAUCCUGAAGAGGGUAAAUUUAUAAUGGGACUCCAAUUUCAUCCCGAGCGAAUGAGGCAGCCAGAUUCUGAGGAAUUUGACUAUCCAGGAUGCCCAUCUGCUUAUCAGGAAUUUGUGAAGGCAGUUAUUGCUUAUCAGAAAAAGCUUAAUAGCACAAUAUCUGUGCCAAAGCACCUAAAGUUGGAUCAAGAAAUGGAGAAGCAAAGAAAAAUUAUCAUUCGGAGUUUCUCACUUGCAAGAAACUUAUACACUACUGGCCGUGUGAGACAUCCCUGGAAAGAAUCUGAACUUGAAGCUGGAGCAGAAUUUCUUGAGUCAAACACAGCACUAAGUUUUCAACAAGAGAAUAGGUUGAAGCAAAUAGGUGCAACAGUAAGGAAUGCAGGUUCCUACAUUGAGAGAUUGAAGUUGAAUGAGGAGAAAGAAAAGUUAGCAAGAAGUGUGAUGGGGAAAAUGACAGUAGAACAGCUGUCUGAUCUCAUGUCUUUCUACCAUAUGAUGGGGAACAUAUGUUCAGAAGUGUUGGAAAGAAAACUAAGUUGCAUUGUCAGUGACCUUGGUUCAUGAUCUUUUUCCUAUCCCAGCUAUUGUGUGUCUUGCUUUUCGAAAAAGAUGAUCCACUAGCUUUAGGACUCACAUGAUUCAUGGUUGAUGGAGUUGUAUUCUUCUGUCUCUUUCAAGAAGAGAAAAAGAUUGUUAAUUUUUUUUUUCUUUUGCUCUGUGAACUGAAAAAUGAACCAAAAGCAUAAUUUCUGUACAAAUAAUUACUUCCGCUCCUUUUAAUUAAAUUGCUUUUCCUUUCUGGUUU